AUUCUCAUUCAAUCGUUUGCAGACAGUUCAGGCAUGUUUAUGUUAUCUGUUCUUAUAACGUUUAUCGGCUCGACAUGUGUUUACUGUAUAAGCGAAAAUUUUGUGACGCAAACAUGCCCCGGAAGUAUUGGACCAUCGUACGGAGAAGUUUUGCGCUUUGAUCCUUUAUCUAAACAAUCUACCUAUGCCGUUCCAACUAAGGAUCUUGAUUGUUGGGUUACCCUAAGAGGUCGACCAAAUAUACCUGGAACUCCUCAGAGGAAAGUUACCUUAACCUGGAGGUCAAACCCGUUUUCUUUUCGCGGCGCAGCCUACGGUACGGGUAGCGCUAAUUCAGCCAACAACACUGGAACAUCUGGCUGUACUACAGCUUAUCUUGAAGUAUAUAAUGCAACUAAUGAUGGACGUCAUAUCUUACCCCCCGUGAUAGGACCUACGUGCGGUGUUGUGUCUCCAUCUGAAUUUACAACUACAAGUGAGGCUAUUGUAGUCCACUUUUACGUUUUGGCACCGCAAUCAGCCCAAGACACUGCUGGUGCCGCUCCAAAUGCUUCCUCCGUUAACGCAACAGCUGCGCCAUUCCAAGGUCCAUAUAUAAAUUUUACGGCAGACUUUACCAGUUAUUUUGAAGGUUCCUGUAGCGCUGACGGUAUUCAAAAUGAUAGAGAGCAAUUACAAUGCUAUAAUCAGCGUUGCAUUCAUCGUUCUUUAAGAUGUGAUAUUUAUUUCUCGAAUAAUUGCGGGGACAACGGAGAUGUAAGAGCAUCACCGCCGGGAAACUGUACUUUUACAGCAACUACAACUCCAGAGCCUGAUAAACCUAUUGAAGAGGAGCUACUACCUCUUUGGAUACUUUUAGGAUUACUUGCAUUCUUAUUAAUGUUGUUGUGGUGUUGUUGGAGGCCAGGUUAUGGUUUAUGGCGUCUAUGGCGAUUGAGGAACUGUUUCUGCGCGCCGUGCCGACAUGUUUGCUGCAGCUGCUGCCUUUGCAACAAUGGUUGUUGUGGGCCUAGAAGUGGUUGCUAUAAAGGUAGAUGUUGUACUUCUUGCUGCACCGGAACUGAAAAAGAUCCAGCAGUCCUAGCUGCUGGUGGUGGAGGAGCAGUGUCUCAAGGCUGUUUACCUUGUAGACAGCGUCAGAAAGAGCCAAGGCCUAAGCCAGAAGAAGACGCUGGCGGACCAGGAGGAGCUUGGAUGAAAUUUGCAAAUGGGGACGGGGGACACGUUAGAGAAUUGAGAUAAGAGUAAAAAUAUUGAUUAUUCACUAAAGAAGUCAUUACAUAACCAGCGGAUAACUGCAUAGAUUAUUUAAAUGAAUGUGAUGAUGAUCUAAACACAAAUAAGUAAAAUUUUUUUUUUAUUGGAGUUUUUAAUUGGUCAUAAGCAGCUUAUUUCAAGGCAGCACGAAAGAUCAAGGAAUUGCAGGGCUAGUUAAAAAACCAUCAAAAAACUAUUUGACAAAAUAUAAGCGAUUAAAAAUAUUGAGCUCGCAAGAGCAAUCUUUGAAAAAUACAUUUUGUUUUGCAUUUAAUUCUUCCAUUUGUCUUUUAUUUCAAGAGUCCACUCCCACUCAGCAUGAACCUUCUUGUCGUCAUCGACAAAUUUACUCUUUACUGAGUAUUUGCCACGGUGUAAGAAUCCGCUAGGUACAUCUCGAAUUUGGCUUCGAAUUGUACGCAAUUCUUUACUGGGUGCAAAAGAGCCAAACAUUUCGCUAUCAUUGUCGACAGUAACAACAGCUUUCGUAACUUUAUGCGUAUAUUUUAGACCCGAGACCAUUUCGCGCUGUACCAUAAAAUCAACAGCAAUUCUAUAUCUAGUACCCUCUUUUAAGUUAAACGGUUGUUUCUUUAGACCGGAUAGGUCUUUACCAGAAAUAUCCAUAUCUUGAUUAUGACAAGCAUCGUCACCUUCGCAUUCCAAUCGGAGAGUUUUAAUGAUUACCGUAUUCGGAUUACUUGGUUCCAAGAUAAUUUUUUCAGAGGUAAGACCCAAACUUUCUUUAUAUUUUCUCAAUGACUCAUCAUCUGCAAUAAGAAUGAAAUGGAAAUAAAAAACAACAUUAGAUUAAUAAAACGGAAAUAUUCGCUUUCAUUUUAUUAUCACGACCAUAAUAAAACUGAAUUUAAUAUUAGCUAGUAAUUUUAUCUAGCCGAUAAUAGCAACAGAUUCAACUAUCUACAUUUUCUCAUUUUUCUCUUUAGUUAUUACAAAAGAAACAUAAAAUAUUAAGCAGUUCGUCAUUUUCAAUGAAAAUCAAACGUUUAGAUUGUCUAGACAGAUUUGAGAACUAAUUGUUAACAAAAAAAAGUUAAAAAAUUAGCUAAUUAUUUUUUGUAUCUAUACAUAAGAACUAUCUAUUUAUUACUUGUUUUAUGA